CAAUCGGUGUUGGAUUCGGUGAAAUCGGAUCGUGUGAUAAACACCGGGCCUGAAGAGGACAGACGCCGACGGACUAUAAUUGUCGAGAAACGUAACCAAUCAUUUGGAUUUACUUUACAGUUUAAGUAUACCUACGGCAUAAAGCACCAUCGUGAAGGUGAUGUAGAGCUACUGACCUACGUUGACCAUGUUGAAUACGAUGGGCCGGCAUUCCGGGGCGGUAUGAGACCCGGCGAUGUUAUACUGUCCAUAAAUGGCAGGGAUAUGGAAAGGGCCGAUCACAAGACCUUGGUCAAAUAUAUUAGCGCGUGCGAAAAAACCAUGAGGAUCGUGGUACUUUUUGAGGACUGUGUCCGCAAAGUGGAGCUCCAUAUC